UUCCUAUUAAACUGUUUCGCUACAAUUUAAUAAAACAACCUGUAAUCAAGUGUUCAUUGUAACAUUGAACAUUUAUUUAGUUAAAUAUGUCACAUCGACGUGAAGCAGGUGCUGUUCCACCAUGGGUCAUCCCAGAAGAACAUGCACGUUGUUCGCCUCAAAUAAAAUCCUUAAAAAUAAAUUCACUUAAUGUUGAUAAUGAAUUGGAAAAAGUUAAUAAUACUUCAACUUCUAAAAUUGAUAAUAAAUUAAAAAAUAUAUCUGCUGGAGAUACAUGUGCAUCACCAACUGUUACACAGAACAAAGAACAACUUUAUAUCACUGGUGGGCAGUUAGUGAACAGCGACCAUAUGCAAUAUGCAGAUAUACUGAUCGAAAAUGGUAAAAUUGUUUCAACAGGGACAAAUAUAGAAGUACAGCCAAAUGUACCAAUAAUUGAUGCUACUGGAAUGUUAAUUAUGCCGGGUGGAAUUGAUAUGGCAACUUAUCUAGCAAAAGAUGUUCAUUCAUUGAAUAAAGAAGCUUAUUCAAAUUUGACAAAAGAAGCAUUAAUUGGAGGGACAACAACAAUUAUUGACACAAUCCUGUGUCCAAAAAACUCAUCAGCUGUUGACCUAUUAAUCCAAUAUAAAAAUGUCCUUAAAGAUAUAAAACUCUGGUGUGAUAAUGUGAUACGUAUUGGUUUCUUAGAACUUCAUGAAGCUCAGUUAAGUGAAAUGGAUCAACUGAUCAAUAAUCAUGGAAUUAAUUCUUUCCUGUUCUUUGUUGAUCCAACUGAAAUGAAUAACAAAUCCAAAGAUUCUCCGCUAGUUACAAACUUAUUAAUGGCUUUAGAAAAGUGCAGAAAAUUUGGUUCAAUUGCAUUCAUCAAACUGUAUGUUACAAAUUUAAAUGUGAAUGACUUACACAAUCAAGCAGAUAGAAGAGAUGAUCAACUGGAAUUGAAAUCAAUUGAAAAAAUUAUUUUCCUUUCUAAUACAACAAACUGUCCAGUUGUCAUUACUUCUUCAAAUGAUUUGAAUAUAAUAACUAAAAUAGGUGAAGCAAGACGUCAAAUUCCACCAGUACAUAUUUCUGCUUGUUGUACACCUGAUACAUUGUUACCAGUAGCAAUAAAUGGUCAACAAUAUGCCAGUAAAUUUUUACACCAACUAACCAAUGGUGAUAUCAUAUCAUUUUCAAGUGAUCAAUGUGAAAGUCAAUCAAAUCAUUCAAGAACAAUUGGACAAAGGCUAACAAUUGUAUGGGAGGCUUCAGUACCAUCUGGAUGGCUGGAUGCAUCAUCAUUCACCAGUGUUGUAUCUUCUAGUGCUGCACGUUAUUCAGGCUUAUAUCCAAAUAAAGGACAUCUACAUCCAGGAUCAGAUGCUGAUUUAAUUUUAUGGCCAGAUGAAAGUUUAACACAUUCUAAUGUUGGACGACCAAUUCUAGUUAUUCUGCAUGGUAAAAUAAUGGUACAAGAUGGUAAACUAAUCGAGAAACAGAGAAAUAAUACCAAUGUGAAGAUUAUGGCAAGUAAUCGAUCAGUUGACAUUACAAUUGGUGAAGCUUGUGGAAUUUUACAAAUAGGUAAACCAUUUCCACCAGCUGUUUAUGGUCUUGUAACAGCAUCAGAAAGAUUACGUAAAAGAAAUCAAAUCCCAGUGAAUCGUGAACCUUGGACAAUGAAUAAUUUAAGCGAAGAAUUGAAUUCAUCACAAUCAUCUACAUUGAACACAUCUCAUAAUGAUAGUAACAAUAAUGCAAUUAUAUCAACUAAUACCAAUGAACAAAUGAAUAUCGAAACAGUACAGAGCUCAUCGAAUAGCACACGUAUAGUGCAUGGUCAUAGAGAUUUACAUGCUUCAGGAUUUUCACUAAGUGGUGCUCAAGUUGAUGAUGAUCGACCGAUACGAUCAGGAAUACGUACAAAACAAUCAAGUGAAUCCAGGAAUCCAUUAUGGUAAACAAUAUUUUUAAAAAAUAUCAUUUAUUCAUUUGUCUGUCUAUGCACCUGUUCACCUGACUAAUCUACCUGAUCUCAUUUUUAUUAUUCAUCGGUAACCAUCUCAUUCAUCACUUAACUCGAAGUAUCAAUUAUGUUGAUUAUACAUAAUUACGCAUACGAUUUAUGCAAUAAAAGACACAUAAUCACAACACAGAAGAACAAUAUGACAAUACUAAAUAAUGGUAAUAAUAAUAAUAGUAAAUUGAAUAUUCACAUAAAAAUAAAUGCAUGUCUUUUUUUGUUUACUUUUCCUGAUAAAACAAAUAAUAAUGUAUGUACAACUUUCGGAAUGAUGACACAUUUUCUCCCUG